AUGAAAUUUUCCUGUCUCUUUUCUCACUCACUACCUUUCUGUUUCAUACUCCCCUCCCCCUCCAUCCGUCUUCAUAAUAUUUUUCCUCUCUCUCACUCUUUCAUUUUCAUAUUCUCCUCCUGUCUUUAUAAUAUCUUUCUCUCUUUUUUCUCUCUUUUUUCUCUCUCUCUCAGUCUUUCUGUUUCAUAUUCUCCUCCUCCUGUCUUUAUAAUAUAUUUCUUCUCUUUUUUCUCUCUCUCAAUCUUUUUGCUUCUUAUUCGCCUCCUCCUCCUCCUCCUCCCUCCUCUUUCUGUUUCAUAUUCUCCUCCUCCUCCUCCGGUCUUUAUAACAUUUUUUUCUCUAUUCUCUCUCUCUCUCUAUCUUUCUGUUUCAUAUUCUUCUCCUCCUUCUUUAUUAAUAUUGUUUUUUUUAUUUUCUCCUCCUUCUCCUCCUGUCUUUAUAAAACUUUCCCUUCAUUUCUCUCUCAUUAUUUCUACCUCUUAUUCUCCUCCUCUUUUCAUAAUAUUCUCUCCCCGUUUCUCUCUCUUUCUGUUUCGUAUUCUCCUUCUCCUUCUGUCUUUUCUCUCUCUCAAUCUUUCUACUUCUUUCUUUUUUCCGCCUCCCUCCAGUCCGCAUUCAUUUCUCUUUAUAUUUUUCCUUGAUUCGUUUUCUCCUCAAUAUCUAUCACCCACUUCACUUUAUUGUCCUUUUUCGCUUCUCUGUCAGUAUUUGUGA